AUGCUGGCUAUACUGAAGUCUUGUCCUCCAACGCUUGUACAAACACAGGUCGAAGGUGGAGCAACACUGUUUGCUCUGGACUUUUUCGGUGAGCAGUCGUAUCUUACGCAGUCGUCUCAGUUAUACCUCGAAACGUGCAACGCCUCACUUGGAGAUGUUUACUGUAUUGCACAGUCCUAUCGAGCUGAGAAAUCACGAACCCGUCGCCAUCUGGCCGAAUAUGCACACGUUGAAGCGGAAUGUGCAUUCAUCACGUUUGAUGAGUUGAUGGAUCGUAUUGAGGACAUCGUCUGUGACACAGUUGAUCGUCUACUGUCGGAUCCGUCUGUUAAGGCUCUCAUCGAUCACGUGAACCCGGAAGUGACGAGCAAUAUAGCACUACAUUGUUGA